UCUCUCUCUCACACACACACACACACCCCGUCUCUCCGUGGUCGCGGCUGUCAGCGCUCUGAAGAUGGUGGCGGCUGCUGCCUCUCUGUUCCCACCACACACUCGUUUCAGCUGCUCCAUCGUGUCAAACAUGGCCAGAUAACCCCGAGAGAAGAUAUUCUCGUCGCAAUGUGGACUCUACAGAGGGAUUCAAAGAAAGGCUCUGAUAUCGUUUUAGUCUCGGGGUAAAGUGGAAUCAUUUAGAGCUGUGUGAAAACACCAUCUCCUGUCUGAUUCAAUUAAAGUGGUUGGAUCGAGGCGGGGCUCUGCUUUUUAACCUGUGGUGCUGAGGUGUGGAAGGGGAGCGGAGGUGGGGACCUUUUUAAUUAGCUCCACUGAGUCUCUGUGGGCUUUCUGUCUUCUUGCGUUCGCAAAGGGUGACCCAGCUUUUACAGGGAAACUUCAGACAAAAGGAAAUAGUCCUGCACUCCGCUCAAGGCUACAGUUUCAUUUUCUCCCUGCGCUCCGUAUAUUUGGACUACAUAUAGAGAUUUUUCUUUCUGUCACGGCGGACUGGUGACAUGAGGUGGGAUUAUACAAACAAAGAAAAAAAAAGUGCUCCGUGAAUGUCUUUAAGCAGCGUGUUUGGGCAGGAGUCACCCGCAGACACGCUUUUGCAAAAUAAUCCAAAUUGGUCGUUUCCUCCACACGCGCCUGGACCUCUGCAAGAGCAGCUCGCGCAGAAUCCCCUGUGAGUUUGGACACGGAGAAGCGGCGGAGACACCGGAGUGGGAAGGCAGGAAAACACGGGGCUCCGUGUGUAAGAACAUUUGGGAUUAGGCCCUGCAGCAAGAAGCAUGUGGCAUGCAUUCAGAAGCUUUUGGUGUGUAUUUCUGCGCUCACGUCGCCUAAGGUGUGGGAAAAGUCGGCCGUCUUUUUGAUCACAACUAGGAAUAUGAGAACCCGUAACUCAGCGGACGAGUUACUUUGCUUGAACUUUUGCCCCGUCCUGUAAACAAAAUAUGCUAUUUUACAGGAAGUAUUGCUUUACAUAGACAACUUGAGGAAGAGGGGGCUAAAGACUGAAUGUGGACUGAUUAUUUGAGGUACUCAGUGUGUUGUCUACAGAAAGCUCUUCAAAAAAAACUCUCAAUUAUGCUUUCAUAGUUUUCUGACCCACUUCCUGCUCCUAAAAUUUACUUUUGGGAUAGAUUUACAGUUUUAUGUAAUAUUUUUCCAAUGACAGGAGCAAUCUCUGGGCCGCUUGGAGUGGAACAGAGCAGGCAGCGAAUGAACCUUGCAGUCUCAAGUGCAUCUAAACAGACGGGAAUGUAGAGGAAUGCAGCGAUUGACGUCAAGAGGGGCAAUAAUGAACUACUCAAAAACGUUCAAUAGUCUGCUGGUAUUGCUGCAACCAGAGCACUGAACUCAUCUUCUUCUACUGUGUCCACAUGCUUUGCCUUACCUCUCUGCCUAGAUAUUUGUCAUGAUUAACUGUGCCUUCUAAUAGUUGUUUUCAUUUUGAAUAGAGCAAUAGACAACAUGGCAUCUCCCCAGCAUCAGAAACUGCUGCCACACAACACAGAAGUGAGCUGUGACUCGAGCGGAGACGGAGGCGUCUCGGUGCGAAUUGGCAGCAGUGUCAAGCACAGGCACGGAGGAGGGCCGCUGGGCUCCAUCGGGGGAGGCUUCAUCGGGGCCACCAAGCACUGCAAGUACAGCAUCUCUUCUAGCUGCAGCUCUGGGGAGUCUGGGGUGAGGAGGCCAGUGGUGAAGAGUUUUCGUGCUCAUAAAGGGAUGCCCCAGCUAUUCGAGAGGUCAGCAGGUCACUUCUGGGACCCAAAGUUUGACUCGUCUAUCCUGGAGGAGGCCUGUAGAGAGCGAUGUUUCCCUCAGACCCGGCGGCGCUUCCGCUAUGUGCUCUUUUAUCUGGUGGCUGCCAGUUUCCUCUGGGGGUUGUAUUUUGCAGCCCAUCCUUCCUGCUGCGACAUAGUUGUUUUUCUCCUCCCUACAGCUUCCUUCCUCAUCUUCUGCCUUCUCCUCUUCCUAAUGACUUUUACCAGGCUUUAUUCCCGCUGCUACAACCAAGCAUCUCUGCUGCUUAUACUUGUAACCUUCAUUUUGACCCUGGCCCCUCAGAUUCAGACAUUAGGAUUCAGGAACCCAGAUGACAUGUCACCUGAUUUAGAUCAGGAAGAAUUCAGUGGCAUGGGACCCAUAUACAACACAUCCAACGACAAUCUUGUUAGGGGUUCUAAUAAGUUCCCCUGCCUUUCUCCUGUGGGCACUUUCUCUCUCUGUAUUGAGGUUCUGCUAUUGCUGUACAGUGUUCUACAUGUUCGACUUUAUGCAUCUCUCAUGCUUGGGUUGUUGUACUCUGUCUUAUUUGAGACCCUGGGCUGUCUACUCCCAACUCAGGCAGUAGGGAACUGGAGCUGGGCUUUUUCAUCAGAGCUGGAGAUGUUCAGUUGGUUGGGUCCAGCCAAAGCCCUGCUUCAUCUCUGCGCUCAUGCAAUUGGCAUCCAUUUGUUCGUUAUGUCUGAAGUACGCUCGCGCAGCACCUUUCUUAAAGUUGGACAGGCUAUUAUGCAUGGAAAAGAUCUGGAGGUGGAAAAAGCCCUGAAAGAGAGGAUGAUCCACUCAGUGAUGCCAAGAAUUGUGGCAGAUCAGCUGAUGAAGCAAGGUGACGAAGAGAUUGGCGAUAAUUGUGGCAAACGGUACUCCACCAGUGGUGCAGCUGCAGCCAUUUCCAGCCCAAAGAACAACAAACGCAAGAAAACCUCAAUUCCCCGAGGCCAGAUAAUCUUCAGACCCUUCAACAUGAAACGAAUGGACCCCGUCAGCAUCCUCUUUGCAGAUAUUGUUGGCUUUACCAAAAUGUCUGCCAACAAAUCUGCUCAUGCCCUUGUUGGACUUUUAAAUGACUUGUUUGGACGUUUUGACAGACUUUGUGAGCUCACCGGCUGUGAGAAGAUCAGCACUCUGGGAGACUGUUACUAUUGCGUAGCUGGCUGUCCAGAACCUAGACCAGACCAUGCCUAUUGCUGUGUAGAAAUGGGCCUGGGGAUGAUUCAGGCCAUUGAGCAGUUCUGUCAGGAGAAGAGGGAGAUGGUGAACAUGAGGGUGGGCGUCCACACUGGUACCGUACUGUGCGGUAUCCUGGGGAUGAAACGCUUCAAGUUUGAUGUUUGGUCAAACGAUGUCAAUCUGGCCAAUCUGAUGGAGCAGUUGGGUGUUGCUGGAAAAGUCCACCUUUCGCAAGCCACUUUUGACUUCCUGGAUGACCGAUACCAGCAUGAAGAUGGACAGGUCAAUGAGAGGAUCGGACAGAGUGUGGUGGCUGAUCAACUCAAAGGCAUGAGGACCUACCUCAUCUCCAGCAGAAAGGUGGAGGCCCUCUGUAACUGCACCCAGACUGGGCUGUCUGGACCAGGGGAUGCUGAUUCUCAGUGCCACAUGCCCAGGUUGCACACGCCUGAUGGGGCCUGCACCCUCCCCUUAGACAAAAACAAGUCCCCCUGCCUGUCCUGCAGUGUGACCCUUAUAACAGGAGAGGAUCAGGUUCUUGAAGAAGGAAUGGUACAUAAUGGCUGCCACGAUGACAAAAGCAAUAACAGUAAGGACUCUUCAAAUCUGAAGUGUUCCCCUGCGGUAUCAGUUGGCCGCAGCCCCAAGACGGUGAAUGGCCUGCUCAGUCCUCAGCUUGAGGCCUUGAAUAACAGCCAGACAUCGCUGUGUGAGAUGCUGCAGGAAAAAGAGAAGAAGAGUUGGAGCGGAGGAGCCAUGGGCAUGGACCACUCGGCGCUCAUCCCGCUCCGAUCAAAGAACUUCCGGGAAAGGAGUGAUGCUCACUUUGUGGAUGUUAUCAAGGAGGAUAGUCUUAUGAAGGACUAUUUCUACAAGCCUCCCCUACACAAGCUGAGCCUCACCUUCUUGGAGAGGAGCCUGGAGUCUGCCUACCGGAUAAGCUACCAGGAGGAGGUGGAGAAUCAAGCAGCGGUUCAGAUGUUCGCCAGUCCAACGUUCAGCUCUUUCCUGGACAUGCUGCUGUGCUGUUUAGUUGUUCUGGCGCUCUCUCUUGCUUGUUUCCUCCGACCUCUUGUCACCCAGCAGAGUCUAUCCACUCCGGCGCUCAUUCUGACAGCUGUAGUCGCCCUGCUGGAGGCUCUGGCUCUGCUGUUUGCCAUUCGGAUGGCUUUUUAUCUGGACAGUGUGCUGAGCUGCACUCGGGUGCUGAUGAGGGCCGUCUCUGGCUGGAUAGUUCGCCACUUCAUUGGAGCUGUCCUGGUGUCUCUGCCUGCUCUGACAGUCUACUCCCAUUUCACCUGUGACAUGUAUAAUUCGAUCCAGUUUACCAUGUUCAUCUGCUGUGCCAUCAUCAUAGCUAUUGUUCAGUACUGUAACUUCUGCCAUCUCAGCUACUGGAUGCGCUCUACAAUAGCCACCCUGGUGGGGCUGACAAUGCUUACCUUGCUCUGCUGCUCCCCCUGCAGUGUUAUUGAGAGUUUUUUCCGGUCUCAUGCCCAAAGCAACAUUACAAACGGAUCUGUAAUCUUGUCCGACAACUCAACAAGUUCUGAUCAACAACCCAACUUUGACCCACACAAACGUCUUAUUCCUGAAGCCUGUGUGGCCUUCUUCCUGCUCCUUCUCCUCGUCUGGUUCCUUAACCGUGAAUUCGAGGUCAGCUACCGUUUGCAUUACCAUGGCAACGUAGAAGCUGAUCAGCACCGCAUCAAGAUUCAGAACAUGAGGGACCAGGCCGACUGGCUGCUCCGCAACAUAAUUCCAAUCCAUGUAGCGGAACAACUUAAGGUUACCCAGAGUUAUUCCAAGAACCACGACAAUGUGGGAGUCAUAUUUGCCAGCAUUGUCAACUUCAGUGAGUUUUAUGAAGAAAGUUACGAGGGAGGCAAAGAGUGCUAUCGCGUCCUCAAUGAGUUAAUUGGUGACUUUGAUGAGCUCUUACGCAAGCCUGCCUUUGCAAAUAUUGAAAAGAUCAAAACCAUUGGUGCAACAUACAUGGCUGCAGCAGGACUCAACACUCAGCAGUGCGCGGAUGCAGCUCAUCCUCAAGAGCAUCUUCGAGCCCUUUUUGAAUUUGCCCUGGAAAUGAUGCGAGUGGUGGACGACUUCAACAAGAACAUGCUUGGUUUCGGCUUCAAGCUUCGCAUUGGCUUUAAUCACGGGCCCCUGACAGCGGGCGUAAUUGGAACCACCAAGCUUCUCUAUGACAUCUGGGGCGACACCGUCAACAUCGCCAGCCGCAUGGACACAACGGGUGUAGAGUGCCGUGUUCAGGUCAGCGAGGAAAGCUACUGCGUGCUCAGUGGCAUGGAUUAUGAGUUUGAUUAUCGGGGAACGGUUAAUGUCAAAGGGAAAGGUCAAAUGAAGACAUUUCUUUAUCCUAAAAGCAACGACAGUGGCCCCGUGCCUCAGUACCAGCUCUCGGUCUCACCGGAGAUCCGAGCUCAGGUGGACGGUAGCAUCGGGCGGUCUCCCACUGACGAGAUUGCAAGCAUGGUGCCAACCGCCAGCAAGAAUGGAAGCAGUACCAAAAUGAUGGUCCCCAGUGCCAGCAUUGGUUCCUCAAACACAACAGGGCUUAGUCAAAUGAAAGACUCAGACAUCAAUGGAAGAUGUUCCUCCAUGGUCGCUUCUUGUGCCAGACGAUCCAUGUCACACAGUGGCUUAACAUCAGUACCUGUAACCAGUCUUGAGGGACACUCGCCAAAUAACAAACAGCUCAUCGUCUCAUCCUCAAUCCAACAACAUGCACCACAACACUCACCAAGAAAAGACACAAAAGACAAGCUAGAGGAUAACUCUGACUACAAUGGUGGCGAUUUAACCAGGCUUUAAGCAUUUGCUACAGAAGCACUCUUACUACCAACCUUCAUCCCUUUAAGCUCUCAUUACUGCUAGCUGGCAUGUGUAGAAGCUAUAUUUUUGUCCAACUUCAGGUAGAGGAGGUGGAUUUGGACAGACACAGAAAUCUGAGUUGUAUAAACAGACCAGAUUUUCCAUCAGCCAAGAACAAGGUUGUUUGUAGUGUAAAUGUGUUUGGCUGAUAUAUUCAAGGGUGCUUGGUGGACCACACAUAGGGUGUUGGGAAGAUAUUCAGAGAAAAUGGAAAUUUGCCUCCUAGCAACCCCAUUGUCUGUCAUUAACUUACUUGAUUAUCUUUGCACCUUUAAUCUUGAUUGUUUCUGUCAAAUGUCUUUUAAGUGCCUUUAGAAUAGAAUAAGACGUAAACAAGGCCUUUUUAACUAACAAUUAAAAGGGAAAACUUUACACAUGAAAACUUUUUGGGAAUAAAGCUUCGCUUUUGCUAUUGGUUUACAUUUUUAAACAAUAUUUUCCAAUGACUUAUUUUGCCUUUUUAUCCAAGAGGAAAUCAGAAAUACGAGAAACCAAAAUAAAGGGAUAAUUUGAAUUAUGUGAAGUUGUCAGAAGAAGGGAGGAAAGCUACCAAGUAGACCCAACGAUGUACAACUCAAGCUGGAAAUGUUUCCAAAUGUGGGAUGUGACACUUUAUUAUUAGAUAUUACCAUUCAACAUUUUAAGAGCACAAAUUUAGCAUCUUCACUGCUGUCUGACAAAAUCCAAAGCAGUCAUUGCUGACGCGUCACUAAUGUAACAAAACAUUAGUGUAGUAACAGAUUAUUUCCAAUUUAGAAAACACCAUCAAAUUUGACAGCAAUCUCUUAUAAAACUUUAUAUGGUUAAUACCUCCUGUAACAGCCUUGUAUCCCAGGUAUUUAAAAAUUUUCUGUUGUUGUGGUUGAAAAUGUGUUAAAUUAUCAAAAGCAGGUCCAUUCCACAAGUUAUGUAACACACCAGAAGUUUAGUUACAUCUUGCAGGGCUUGGUGAAAAGGCAGACUGAUACAGCCUGCAUUAAUUAACAUAAUAACUUUAGCACAGUAAUAUAAAUGUUGUUGAGCUUACUAGUAUAAAUAGCCUGUUGCGAAAGUUUCAAUAGUUAAUUUUUCCAUUUGACUAGCUCUUAUGAGACAUGGAUAACAUAUAAUCUUCAACGCUAUUCAAUCCAAAUGUUUAUUCUGGUCUUGGUGGACUUGGAGCAAACUGACUAGUCAAAGCUGAUGAGGCAAAUUAAUUCAGAUGACAAAGCAAAUGACAGCAGAUGACAGCAAAUAUAACUAAUGUAACUUCAGCAUAGUACACAUGGACCUGUGUCAGCAUAGAAAAUGGCAACAAAUAUGAUCCUAUCUUGUUGCCAUAAGCAGAUAUUAACUGAAAGUGCAGGCAGUUAAUGUCUACUAAUCUAGCAUUGUAUCCCACAAAUGGAAACAUUUUCAUCUUGAGUUGUUUUAAGCUGCUGAAGUCGGUGAAAACGCUUGCCCCCAUAUUAGCUUUAACCGUUUCACCGCUAUGAGGACUUAUUCACUUUUUUAUAAACUCCUGACAGGAAAUGACAUCAGUGAGUAAGCUUUUAUGAAUGACCUUUCAUAAAAAAUCCUAAGUAUCCCUUUAAGUGAAAGCUAUAAAGAAAUUGUUGCCAUUUCAACAUGGGAAAAUCUGCACAAUAAUUGCUGCCGUGCCUCAGUUUGUGUAAAACUAGAAAACUCAUGGCAUGACCAGAACUAAUUGGUAAAGGACACAGUGGACCAGUCUGAACUGUGUGAGGAUAUCUGCACGCAUUUAACAUUGCGUAACCUUUAUUGGAUAAUAUAUUCAUAUAUGGUUAAGCUCCCAUAGAGUUUCUGAGAUGACUGGAAUACAAACUCGUUUGCUGUUGUGGCACCUUUUUUUUCUUACUACAGUUACAUUUCCAAAACACAAGGAAAUAGUUUCGUCAGAUAUACUUUAUUGGCAUGCUUGCAGCAUUAUAGGCUUCUAGUAGUUGUUCCCCCAGCCCGCAAUUUAGUUUAGCAGGAGCUCAAGAUGUGUUUGGUGUUUUAGAAGAAGCUAACAAAUCUAUAGAUGGUUUUAAGCCAUGAUUUCAGAAAGACUAAAGACAAAAGAAUAACUGCCUAAAGUUGAAUUGCAUUACACUGUGUUAAAGUAGUUCUUAGUUCUCUCAAAACGAGGAUAAUUGAUGUGGAAUGUCACAAAUGUGUUUGUGUUGUUACAUGAAACUUAAGCUGUUCAUUUAAGACGUCUAAUUCUCCAGGAUCUGAAAGACAUUACUGGAUGCGAACAGCUUGACACUUGCUGCUUAAAACCUUUAGUGGCAUGAAACUUAAUGUGUUAGCACUGUAAAUGCAAAAAGCGUGUCUCAGACGUGAUUCAUAUACUUAGGUGUUUUUAAAGCUUUUUUUCAUGCUAUAAUGUUAAAUAACCACGCAGUGCAUUUUCUGUCAUUGUUCUUGCUAAAAAUGGAUUGUGUGCUCAAGAGCAAAAAGAUACAAUUUCACUCACUUGUCUAAAUUUGGAUUUGUUCAAAAAAUAAUGGAUAGCAAAUCCUCAAAUAUUAAACCUGCCACUUCAUAUUUUCAACUUGCAAUUUAGCUUUAUAAAUGGGAACCAAUUUGCCUUUCCUCAUCUUCUGUAAAUAAUUUGUAUGAAUAUGUAAUUUUUCAUAGUUUAAGUUAUGUCUCUGAUGCUUGGGUUGCGCUUUAACUUUUUUUUUCAGAUAUUCACUUUGAGAUGAUUUAAUUUAUUACGACAUAUUAAAAAACAAAGCAUAAAAUGUGAAUCUAUAGCUUAAAUCAUAUUUUAUUUGGAUAAUUUUCAAAAAUGCCUAGUCCCUUUUCUUGAUGCAUGUGUACAUUUUUCUUUUUCACUUUAGUUUGCUAUUGCAUGCCAUAUGGAUAUGGUGUAGUAUAUAUGUAAAAAUAAAAAAAAUGAAAAGCAAAUUUGUGUUUCUUUGCUCAUGAGCACACAACCCUGAUAGCUUAAUAUGUUUAACACUACAAAAAGGGAAAAAUAUUACUGUACAGGUAGGUACUGGUAAAAGUAAAGGUGUUUUGGAAAAAGCAUGAAUUUGACAAGCCUUUGUUUUUGGGGGUCAUUUUGUUAUACUUUUUGAACUCUGGACUAUUUUGGGGUACAGCAAUGAACUGUGUUUUCCCAGAUUUUGAUUUUGAACCCCUUUUGUUUUCCUGCCUGUACAUGAGCAUACAGUGUAGUAAUUUACCUGGAUUCAUUGAGAUGUUGGUGACAUUCUGAACCAGCAGAAUAGUGCACUAGAAAAAUGUUGAUGCCAAAGAGUGUCAUUGCCAUCUCAUGCAGUUUUGUUGUGUGCUGUCUCCAUUUUCUGGUUGUUUUUUUUCCCCCACAAACACACACACACACACACACUGUAAAAAUUAAAUUGCACAAGUCUUUGAUUUUUGAUCUACAUUAUGCCUUUCUACUGUAAAACAUUUUCUAUUAUUUGUAUAAGAGCAUGUAAUUGGGUAUUAAAUAGUUUAGAACUGGACAACUUAAACAAUGUUGGAAUAAUGCUUGUGUGUUUUGUUGGCUUGCAUGUGUAAAUCUGUAUGGGUGUUUAUAAAAGUGUGAGGUUCUUUAAUAUCUUGAAGGGGGAGGGUCUUACCAAUUGACCCAGUUUUUCUCAUAGUAUAUAGUAACAGAGGGAGUGGAGUAGCUUGCUAUUACUCCCACACAAUAAAUUGUUUUGCUUAUGUUUUGUAUAAGGCACGCUAAUAGGUGAAGUGAAAUUUAACUUCAAAUAAAAGUCACUUGCUGAACAUUAAA